AUGCCCUCGCUGCCUUAUAAAUACAUUGAGGAAAAAAUUUCUUUGCCCGAAACCACUCCUCAUAAAUUAGCCGAAAAAUUGACUUAUUAUGGUUUAGAAACCGAAGUAAUUAAAUACAAAAAUAGUUUUUAUCUCAAAUUUGACCCUUUUCCAAAUCGACCAGAUUUAUUUUCAUGGCAAGGAAUUAUCGGUGAAAUAGGAAUUUUACUUAAUCGUAAAGUUAAUUUAAUUAAUUUCUCGGCGAUAAGUGAAAAAAAUGAAAAGUUGAUGGAGAUAAUAAUUGCUACUCCUAAUUGCCGUGAAUUUCAUUUGGGUCUAAUCAAAAAUAUUAAAGUCGGUGAAAGCCUUGCGUGGAUAAAAGAAAGUUUGGAAAUUAACAAUAUCCGUUCAAUUAAUAACCUAGUAGACAUUGCUAAUUUAGUAAUGUUGGAAACCGGACAACCGAUUCAUAUUUUAGAUUAUGAUAUUUUGCCCGAAAGCAAAAUGGUAGUGCAUCAAGUUCAAGGAAAAGAGGAAAUAAACACCCUCCAAGGGCAAAAAUUAACUCUUAAUUCCGAAGACAUAGUAAUCAGUUCGGGAGGAAAAAUUAUUGAUUUAGCGGGGAUAGUUGGAGCCAAAGAAUUCGCUUUAACUUCCCAAUCAAAAAAUAUUCUAAUUGAAUGUGCCGAUUUUAAUCCUAAUUCCAUUAAAAAAACUACUAAACGCUUGAAUAUUUCGACAACCGCUAGUCAAUUUUUUGGUCGGAAAACUAAUAUAAUUUUCUCACCAAAGCAAGUUCUUCAAAGAGUAAUUUCCCUUAUUAUUGAGACUUGCCGAGGAGACUUAAUAAGUUCUGAAAUAAUUUUUUCUUACCAAACCGAAAAAAAAAUCUCCUCGGUAAUCGCCAUUAGCCAGGAAUUCAUUACCAAAAAAGUCGGGCAAAAUCUAAUGGUGCCAGUAGUUGAAAAUAUUUGA